GGGUAGGGAAAGGUGGAAAGUGUUUGCUCGUGGUCUACACCUUGAUCCAAGGUGAGAGAGGAAAUGAUGAUGAAUAUCAGAACAACAGCAAAACCAACAACAAUAACAAAAGCAACAAAACAACAUGAAGUUUACAAACAAAAGCAGAGACAAAACAGAACAAAACAAGAGCAGCAAGCAACCGUCAACGAGAAAAAAAACAAUCUUCUAAAUUACACCCCCGCUCGUCCACCAUCACUCACGUUUGUCGACAGCCCACGCGCAUCGCGCACGCGACAGUCUGUGCCGGAGUGAGGUCGGAAAAACCCGCGUUUGCCACAGCUUUGCUUACAGGCUACGUCACACCUCCAGAAGCGGAUGGGCUAAUGCGAAGAGAGCGAAAAUAUAAAAGAAUUCGCCCACGUCAACAAGAGAUAUAACGACGUAUUUAUCGUCGUUUAAAUGCAUGGCUUUAACUGAGACUAACUCCCAUUGAUUCACAUGAUCUGUUUUUCUCAUAAAGACAGUUCUUGCCAAGUCCACUUUCUGCACCUGGGCCUCAUCGAGUGAGUUUGUUUUUUCAAAAACAUUAUACGUGAAAUAACUGGAACAAAUUCGUCUGUCAGAUACCUUGUCACGACACAGGAGAAAGAACGAGGGAAAACCCUAGACUACCAUCCUUUACAUUCUUCGUCGAGAUCGAGUUCUACCACAAUUAUCUGAAUUCCUUCUUCCAUGGUUAAUUUUGGAAGCAAAAUAUCUCUUGCUUCUGAAAUGGGUACUUGUGUGUAUUUUUAAACGCUUUGGCACAAAUCGUGAAACAGUGGUGUCAAUAUCAAUAAAGUGAUAAAGUGACGCUUAGUAUUAGUUCUCUCAGGACACGUAACUUUCUGUUCGAUUUUGGCUCAAGAUUUCCAAAAUGAAUGAGGUAACUACCACCCCGUAUAAUGUCAGCAAUAUCACCUACAUUUAUAUGGAGAACUCACGAAUCAUGGAUUUAGCCAUGACCAUCAACAAGUAUUAUUUGUGGGUUAUUCUAGCGUUUGGAUUUCCUGGAAAUCUGGCGACGAUUGUGACUAUAGUAAGAAUGCGUCACCUUGGUUCAUUUACGCUCUACGUGGUGCUACUUGCUGUCAUGGAUACUCUGUCACUUGCGAUCAAGAUCAUGUUUUAUCAGAUCCUCGGAAGUGGAGCAGCAUUAGGCACCCCAGGAUGUAAAUUCUUGAAAUUUAUGGGAAACUACUCCUCAACAUUUGCCAACUGGGUGUUGGUCCUGAUGGCGAUAGAAAGGUUGCUGGCUGUUCGUUACCCACUGAGAGUGCAGAAAUUUCUCACAUGCAAAAGGUCUGUCAUGAUCAUAAUCUCUGUAGGUCUGGGCAUUGGUGCAGCGUACGCCCCGAUAAUACCUAUUGUUUAUUACAACGAAAAAGCUGACAACUGCGAGUCUUUACAGAAUUCCCACAUGCCCCACUUAAUGACGUGGGUGAACACGUCUCUUUACGCUUUCAUUCCUUUCAUAAUACUCGCUCUAAGUAACAUCCUUAUUGGUAAAGCAAUCCGGAACUCCUUCCGAAUUCGGAGAGCACUACAGUGUAUUAGUAGUGAUUCGUUCCGACCGAGAUGUUGCGAUGUUUCUAUCCAACGUCAGAUUCUGCUGAUGUUGUUCACUUCUACUUUCGUAUUUGUCGUUCUUCUUUUCCCCAUCUGCGCCUUCGUCGUGACUGAUCAUUAUUGGGAAGUGAAGCCCUACACUGAGGAAUACGACAUAAAAUACCUUUGCCAGCAAAUAGCAUUUGUACUUUGUGACUCCACUCACGCUGUGAAUUUUUAUUUGUACUUUCUAAGUGCUCGUAAAUUCAGAAAAGCCUUUACUCAAAUGCCGACGUGCCCCAAAGGAAGUCAAGGUAGACCUGCUUCUUUGUGAAGACAUUGUUUGUCAAGCACAAAAUACUUCAGAUCGCACAUUUGUGAAUUUAAGCAAUGAAAUCGAAAA